AUGGUCUCCAAAAUCCCAAACGACAUAUUCCAAUUCAGCACCGCGAGCGCCCUGAUGCAAGGCCUCGCCCACUUCGGCCCCUCCGCCGGCCAACUCCCCGGCUACGGCACCCACGGCAUCGGCACUUUCUCUCGCAUGAACGGCGAACUCCUCUUCCUAGACGGAAAACCCUGGCAAAUGCUUCGUUCCGGAAAAGUGCUCCCUGCAAACCCUUCCACUUCAUUACCCUUUGUCCAAGUCACCAAUUUUCAACCCGAACACCAAGUCACAGUGUCAGGACUCAAAAAAGCAGAUUUGGUGCAAGUGUUUGAGAAAAAUGGGCCGGGUGCGGGAGGCAAGAAUUCUUUUGUUCCGUUUGUGGUCAAGGGAAGUUUUAAAUCACUGCAGUUGAGGAUAGCAGGACCCCAAGAACAUGACGGGCAGGAUCUCGCAGAGGUUGCUGCGAAUGCGAGAAAGUGGGGUGUGCAAGAUGUCAAAGGGACAAUGUUUGGCAUUGCAAGCCCAGAGUGGAUGCAAGGUAUUAGUGUGGGAGGUGUGCAUUGCCAUUUCAUGACUGAAGUUGAGCAAGGCAAGGAUGCUGAAGGCGGCCAUGUGUUGGACUUUGAGACCGCGGAUGAUGCCGUGCUGCAAUGGGCGGUGACGGGGAGAUAUCAUCUUGGCUUUCCUAGGGAUGACGAGUGGGAGAAUUUGGAUCUUAAGGCUGAUACUGCUGGUCUGAGUAAGGCUGAGGGAUGA